AUGCGGAAGAUUCACAAAUUACCACCUGCAUUCUCAAACAAGCCAAGGCACAAAACCAAGCAAAAAGAUCUAGAAGAACCACUGGGAGAGAAGCGAAUGGCCACCAUAGCAGCUGAAACGAUGCUUCGGUGUGUCUUUGAUGGAAGCUUGUUAGUAAAUGAUGUGGAGAUUGAGCGUAGGCCAUACCACCGCCAUUGCAGUUGUGCGUUGCACAAGUUGAAAGGAAGUCGUUCGACUGCUUGCCCCAAUCAUAACAACAUAUCAUUCCCCUGGAAGGAGUUGUCAACCACCUGCUCUUUGUCCACAGCAGCGUCCAAGUUCUCUUGUCGGCCUUGCUUUGUCAGUGGUUCUUCUGUCAGCAGCAGUACAGCAGCUGAGAGUAAAUUAGCAUGUUCAAGUAGAUAA